AUGAAUAAUUAUACGAAAGGUAAAAACGAAGAAGAAGAAUGGCAGAAGGAUAAAAUCUCAAUCGCCGACCUUCCCAGUGAUUUUAUAUGGAUGCAAGUAUCAGCCGGUAGUAAGAUACGUAACUUAUUAGAAGCUGCUUGGCAAAAAUUGGACUCUUUACCUCAUAUAGUAUGGAGCGGAUCUGGCGCCGGUGUCUCCAAAGCCAUCUCCUGUGCGGAAAUGACCAAGAAAAAGUUCAACUUGUCGCAAAAAACUAGUAUUUGUUACCGAAAAGUGAAAGAAUUCUGGGACCCUAAACUGCAGAACUUGGAUCAGUUGGUUGUAAUUCGAGAAAUUCCUGCCAUUCAUAUAUAUUUAUACAAAGAAUCGAGAUAG